AUGAAUAGAACUCAAAGUUGCCGAAUGGUGCAAAGUAAUAAAUUAUUAGAACUAUUGAAAAAAAAGAAGAAAGCAGAGUCAUAAAACCCAAGUUUGAGUCCUAGAUAAUAAUUAUCUCCUCCAAGAUUGGUAAAACUUAAAACUCCAAAAUAAUUGGAUGUUUAGAAAUGUAAAUAACUAUAGUCUUAUAUUAAUUUAGUUGUAACUACGACAGUGAAACAAAAAGGAGUAUCUCAUAUGAGAACCUUAAAUAGUGAUAGAGACAAUUAUGAACUCAUCAUUACACUGAUAACAUAGGAAAAAUAGUAUAUAUUGAUGUAAUAUAGGUAUAUCGUUCCUAUUGGAUUAGAUUAAACAACAACAGAUCUAUAUUAAAAAUUAAUAACGAAGAUGAGUGUUCAUGAUCCUUAAAAUUAUGAAAAAAUCGCAUAUUUUGAAAGUUAUACUUAAAAUUACAAUGUGGAUUACUAUUUAUCAUUAGAUGAUAAACCAUUAUAAGUGUUCAGUAAUGGAAGGACUUUGAAAUUGAUUCCAAUCUAUUAUAAUGAAACUUAAAGAAAUUCAUUUGAUAAUUUUAUUUUAAUAAAAUGUAUUGGUGUGGGGUAAAGAUUUAAAUUUUUUUAGAGGCUUUUCAAGAGUUUAUUUGGUAAAGUAGAAAAGGAAUGGAUAAUUCUAUGCUAUGAAAAUAAUAGAUAAAUCUUUUAUUACAAAGAACAAUAAGGAGAGUAUGAUAAACAAUGAGAAAUUGAUAAUGAGUAAAUUAGAUAGUUAAUUCUUGACAAGGUUGCAUUGUUCAUUUGAAACUAAAUACUAUUUAGUAUUUGUAAUGGAGUAUAUUAUAUUUAUAUAAUGUAGUUAUUGUCAUGGAGGAGAAUUAUUUUUUCAUCUUCGAAAAAUGGGUACAUUGAAUGAAGAAGUAGCUAAAUAAUACUUUGUAUAAUUAUGUCUAGCAAUUCAUUAUCUCCAUUAAUAAAAUGUCAUAUAUAGAGAUUUGAAACCAGAAAAUAUUUUAUUAGAUAUAGAUGGUUAUAUUAAAUUGUCUGAUUUUGGUCUUUCAAAACCAAAUAUGUCUAGAGACAAAGUAACUUAUUCAUUUUGUGGAUCUCCUGAAUAUAUGUCACCUGAGAUGGUAUCCAAAAGAGGACAUAAUCAUUUAUUAGACUGUUAUAGUUUAGGGGCAGUUUUAUAUGAAUUCAUAUAUGGGUAUCCCCCAUAUUAUGAUUAGAAAUUACAAAACAUUCUUAAUUCUAUUCAAUAUGAUAAAUUGGAGUUUCCUGAACAUAUAAAAAUUAGUGAUUAACUUAAAAAUCUAUUAAUGAAUUUAUUGGCCAAGGAUUAAAAUUAAAGAUUAGGAAGAAAGAAUGGAAUAGAAGAUGUAUUGAAUCAUUAAUGGAUUAAUAAUUUUAAUUAUACAGCACUUUACAAAAAAUAAUUAAAUAUUCAUUAUAAACCUUAACCUCUUUAAACUAAUUAUAAUGUGGCAGAAUUUAGUAAAGGUGAUAGAGAAUUUCAAUAAAAGUUGCAAGAUAAUUUGCAUAGAGAAAAAUAAAUAAAAUUUGAAACAAUUUUUCCUAAUUUUGAUAUGAUUUUAGAUUAACCUAAAAAUAAAAGAGAAUAAUUUAUAGAGAAGAUUAAAUUUACUAGUUUAAGAACAUCUCUUCAAACUAAUAUUAUUAAAAAUAAGAUUAAAACUCUUUCAUUGAAUGGUAUAAUAUUUAUUUUUAAUUAAAAAUAGCACCAUAAAUAAGUACAAUAUGUCCAAGAUUUUAAUCUGUAAAGAAUUCAUAAGUAGCAUAAUCUUCUUCCACUCAAUCUUUCCGAAAUUCUUCAUCCAGUAAGAGAUUCAAUACUGAAUUCGACCUUUAGAAAUUACUUAAAUUUAAAUAAUGA